CUGCUUGAAUCAGUUUUGUCGUCGGUAAAUUGUAUAAAUGGUUCGUUUUUGUUUGACGAUGAUCGACGUUUUCUGCAUGAAGGACAUGUUCAUGGAGUGAACUUGGACGACGUCAUGGAGGCGUUUGGUGCUCUUGGAGAUUCAUCGGAUGCCCGUCAGUAUGCUGAAUUGAUCAUUGAUACAUUGAGCAUGUCCGUCUUUGCGGAUGACUUCAAUCCGUCAGGGACGGCUUCCGUAGAAGCUCUUCGGGUAUAUUUGAUACUGGUAUGGUUCCAUGGAUUUGUAAUGAAUGUGUCCAAAGAUACGGUAACCCGGCUACAUUUACCGUUUGCUGAAUCCAUAUCGAAGCUCCGACCAGCAUUCCGGAAUUCUUUAGAGAAGUGGUGGGUAAAGCUUCCGUUACGACAUUUCAAUCGCUUCGUCACAGUGAUGAUGUCAGCAGUGCGAUGUCUAGUGAAAGACAAGGUGGACCCUCAAGAAUGCCGUGUGUUUCUGGAUAUCUUGGCAUCGCUAAGCGCGAUCAAUAGGGUAAGUUGGAGCUAUGUAACACUGUAA